UGGCUGCAGCCACCCGCAGACCUCUACUGGUGGAGAAAGAUGAAAGCGCUAGCGGCAGAUCCAAAAGGAGACGAUACCUAGGCGGAAACGACUUUCGAAAAUAACAUAUAAGCUAAUGCUAGAUCCAUUUGGAUGCGUCAGUCGCUUGGAGACAGUUGCUGUGAUUCGUUGAACAUGUUCAGAUUGGCUUUAUCGAUUCUAGUGGUUACCCUAGUGACGAGAGAAUGUCUAGGACAAAAUUUACUGGCCGCCUACAACGUGUGUCGAACGGAGUACAACGUCGACAUGGAUACCUACAAUGCCAUUAGGAAUGGGGAUUUUUCCAUUCGAACUCCGUUUAUUGAGUGCUUCGGCGAUUGCCUGGUGAAGAAGGCAGGAUUCAUGAAUGAUGAUUUGAGUUUCAACAAGGACGUCAUUGUGAAGUUCGUGAGCCGUUUCAUCAAGCCAGAAGAUUCAGAGUCGGUGUAUAACCAGUGCACGGCCGAUGUGGCACCAGUACUCUGUGCGACUGCAUUUGAUGUCUACCAGUGUAUUUACGAAAACGCACUCUCCAAGUGGGGAACUAAGCGAAAUGGAAAAUGAUAAAUCUGAAUAAGUUCGAUGAAUAAAAUUUUUGCGACGUGCUUCGCCAGAUCAAA